UCACCUCAAGUCAUCCUCUCCAGUCAUCUGCUGCAAAGCUUCAUUCAUCUGGAACCCCGAAUAAAACCAGUUCAUCAUCAUCUCCCAAAUCAGCCUUCAUUAUCAUGGACACCCCAAGGAACACCACCUCCUUGUCUGAGGUGCUCUACCAUCUCACUGUCAUGAUGCUGACACUGGGCCAAGGCAUUCAUUCAAUGCCUGUUCCUACUGAUCUUCCCAUGUGCAUGGCCUCAGAACCUGCCCAGUACAGACUAACGUUCACCGGCAAGUGGACCCAGGCAGCUUUCCCUAAGCAGUAUCCUGUCUACCGUCCCCCUGCACAGUGGUCAAACCUUAUUGGGGUGACACAUAGCUCUGACUACCACAUGUGGCAGCGUAAUGAUUUUGCCAGCAAUGGAGUGAGGGAGUUUGCGGAGAAAGGCGAGGCCUGGAUACUCAUGAAGGAAGUCGAGGCGGCCGGUGAACGCAUCCAGAGUGUUUAUGGGCUCUUCUCUGCUCCUGCUGUUGUGGGAGGAACAGGCCAGAUGAACACUGAGUUUGAGGCCUUCGCCAGGCACUCCUAUCUGUCAUUUAUCGUGCGACUCGUUCCAAGCCCAGACUGGUUUGUCGGUGUAGACAGUCUUGACCUGUGUGACGGCGACCAGUGGAAAGAACAUGUGUCGCUGGAGCUUUUCCCAUACGAUGCAGGAACUGACAGCGGAUUCACUUUCUCCUCUCCAAACUUUGAAACCAUCCCGCAGGAAGAAAUCACACAGAUCACCUCCUCCUUCCCUAGCCACCCUGCUAACUCCUUUUACUACCCACGCCUGAAGCAGCUCCCUCCCAUCGCUAAGGUGACGCUGACCAAGAUAAAGAAAACCAAUCAGAUCCCUAGCCUGCCACUGGAGCCCACCCAGUCCAACCAACUGCUAACAGGAAACGAGAUUGAAGACACAUUCACAAAUACCCCUCUGGAUUGUGAGGUGUCAGUGUGGUCUCCCUGGGGCUUGUGCAAAGGCAAGUGCGGAGACACAGGUGUGCAGCACCGCACACGCUACAUCCUCAUGCACCCAGCCAACAAUGGAGCAGCGUGCCCCCUGCUGGAGGAAGAGAGGAAGUGCUCCUCAGACAACUGUUUAUGACUAGGCCAAGAAAGGAGACAGAAGAAAGAGAGGAAGGAGAGAAGAGCGAGGAAAGAGAGAAAGGCCAGGAGAGGGAGGAAGGGACAAAAACAAAGAAACAACAGGAAAAGGUCUGCAAUUAAUUCACAUGAGGCAUUAAUAUGAUAAUCUAGGCUCCCUUCUUUCCACCCUGGCCAUGCUCUCUUUCUGUGGAAAUGAUUAAUAUACUGAUUUAAAAUGAGACAAACCUCAUCCUCAGGCCACACUGAUAUAUCUGACAGAACUAGAGAGGUGUAGUUAGACAAAAUAGCUAUUAGACACCAGUUCAGUUUUUGCAGAUUAUCAAAACUGUGUGGAGAGAGAACAAAGCUGUUUAAAUCAGAGCCAUUAAUUGAAAACAUGUUUUCAUUUUAUAACUGUCUGUUUCUGAAGAUCAGAGGUAUCUGUUAGCCCACAGUGGAUUAUAACUCUCAGUGGCUUUAAUCUAACUGCUUUGGAAAUAAAUCCAUAUUAAUGCUACUUAACAUCUAAAAUCCCCAUAUUCAAGAAAUACUUCAGAGAAAAUCCCAACAACACUAGCCCUGUCACAGGGGAAAACAUGAUGCCUCAACUGUUCCAUUAGCUGCAGCAGUACCAGCAGAAAAUUAGGUCAGACAGAAAUAUAUGGUCCUCUAAACAGUGCCACAUUCAAAACAGAAUGUUUACAGAGACAUUAUGGUUGUUUCCCUAAAGUCAAAGUAUAUAUUUAUUGACAGGAUUUUAGCCUGUAGUGUACAGUAUAUCAAAUGCAAUAAUAUGUAUUCCUUUAUGUUACUAGGAUAAUAGUUUUUGUAAAUAAAACAAUGUACAAAAUGUAUGUUUCUGUAUGGUCAAUAAAGUGUAAAUACAUCUUGAAACUGUAAACUAAUUGGUAAAGGCUUUCUUGGGAGAAAGAGAAUA